AUGGACAAUCCAGACAUUCAGGCUGCAUUGGAUAAAAAUAGUGAUCAAUUCCUUAAAAUUGUUCCUAUCCAAGAAUUGUUUACUAGGCUCAAAAUGAAAAAGAUAUUGAGUACAAGACAAGUGACGGAUAUCAAAGCUUUAACCCACACAGAAGAUAUGAAUGGAAGGCUAUUAGAAAUCUUAAUGGAAGAACGUGCAGAAGAGGAUUUUUAUACGUUUUGUGACUUACUUAAAAGCAAUGGUGUUAAUGUUGUGAAAUCUUUCGGUGCUAAACUACAGGAUGAUGCUAAAGGAACGCCUAUCAAGCUAGUACGGAAAGAUCACCGAACAAAUCCUAAUGGACAAGAUGUUGUUGACUCACCGAUGGAAGUAGAAUCAACAUUGUCAGCUAAUGUGAAGGGCUACUUUUACACUGUCGCCGACAAAAUUGGUAAUGACUGGACUAGAUUAGCGGGCAAGCUUAACGAAAAUAUAGAUGUAGGUGUUAUUGCAGAGGAGCAAAGUGUGGUUUUCAAUCGAGCAAAAGCGGUCUUGAGCAAAUGGUAUAACAUGUCCGGUAAUGAAGCAACCACUGAAGCUUUAGUAAAAGUGCUUAUUGCAAUUGACAGGAAAGAUAUUGUGAAAGAUUUCGUGAGUGUUAAGUAA